CGCUAGUUUCCAGUCCUCAUUCAAAAUGUCAGCUUGAGUGUGAAAGAAGACAACUUAUUCGUGGGUAAAAUACUUCUUGAGUUAAUUUUUUUUUUAAAUUAACUAAUGGAUGCACUUUGUUCUUAUGGAAGCUCUGAUUCUGAGCCAGAAGAACAGGCAACUAUCGACCCGCUUGCGGCUAGCAACAAGGAAGUCGAAUGUUCUUCAAGAAACUUCAAAAAAGACUUGAAAUCGCAAAGUGCAAUGAUGGCACUGAGCUCUGCUGUCCUUCAAAAAGACAAACCGGUUCCAGGGGCUUCAAUUGCAAACGGAGAAUACAAUAAUAGGACUCAAGGUCCUAGUUUGAAAAGGGCGUCAUUACAUGACUCUGAUUUUAAAAUAGAUAGAAAUACAAUGUGUGUGACAAACCAAUCGACAUCACUCUCUAGGACACCUUCCUUGAGUCUUUCAAAUGGCGCUAAGACCAGACCCUAUGUUUCCAAACGAUUGAGAAAUAAUGAAACAAUCUCUAACCCAGGAUCUUUGAUUACAAAGGCUAAAAGUACAGAUGAAACUGGUGGUGGUAAUGAAGAGUUUAUUGGACCUUUGCCAAGACAAUCAACCAAUAUUCAAUAUUGUCCUGGAGAAUUGGUUGAAGCUAAACCUAUGGCGGAACCAGAGAAAUGCAUAAAAAACAAAUCGCCAAGAAAAUCUCGCUUAAAAAUCCAAGCUCACACAAGUGGUGUAAACCGUUUGGACUGGAACCCAGUUUAUACUAAUUUGCUUGCGUCAUGCUCUAUGGAUAAUAGUGUUCGGGUGUGGGAUACAUAUCUGAAUGGGAUCUGUGUCAAGAGUCACACUUUUCAUGGGGGUGCUGUUAAGGAUGUCAAAUGGAGUCCCGGUGGCAUGCAACUUCUCAGUUGUGGAUAUGAUAAGAGUUCAAGGCUCAUAGACAUACAUACAGGUUGUCAAGUCUCUUUGUUCCAUCAAAAUGAUUAUGUUACUUGUGUGCAGUACCACCCUAUUGACCGAAAUGUGUUUCUGACUGGAGGUGCAAGAAAUGGAAUCAAGUCUUGGGAUGUUAGGACAGGAAAUGUAAUCACAGAGUAUCAUGCAGCCUUUGGCCAGGUACAAGCACUAGCAUUUCUCCCAAAUGGCCAGGAAUUCUUCUCUGCAGCAGAAGUGAUAAGACGCAAUUCAACUGACAAGGGCAUCAUGGCAUGGGACUUCAUCUCCACUGCAAUUUUAUCCAAUCAAAUUUAUCAGGAAGCUUUCACCUGCACUAGUCUAAAAGUCCAUCCAAGCGGUUGCCAAUUCAUUGCUCAAUCCAAUGGCAACUAUCUGGCUAUAUUCUCUACCAAGAGACCAUAUAAAUUGAACAAGUACAAAAGAUAUGAGGGACACAAGGUCUCUGCAUAUUGGAUUGGGUGUGACUUUAGUCCAGAUGGUACUCUUGUUCUCUCUGCCUCAGCUGAUGGUAGUGUGUAUGUCUACAAUGAGCAAUCAUCCCGCCUGGUAACUUCUUUACCUGGACAUAGUGGCGUUUGCAUGGAUGUAUCAUUCCAUCCAACACUUCCAAGCACUGUUGCCAGCUGUGGUGUGGAUGGUAGUAUCAUAAUAUGGACAUGAGAUUUUAUGCUGUAGCUAACACAUUCCACUGGCUGUAACUUCUUCACCUGUACAAAGUAGUGCCUCAACUAGGAAGUCAUGGAAAUGACUUGGAAACUAGCCUGCUAGUCGAUUCUCCAGUGGGUUUAUUCGGAAAUUACUGUUUCAAGGAGUUUCGGGAUUCCUGUGGUGCAAGGGGAACUCUGAAAACCCUAUCCUCGCACACUAUCCAGAGUCUUGUGAUGAAAAAACAUAUAAUGCGAUUUUUUUUGUCUUUGUCCAAGUAAUUUUCUACAUUAUCCAACCCACGCACCAGAAUUUCCCCUCCCUUCAUUCGCGAGCCUAGCUUUCCGUGGAUGUCACGGGGGCCUCAGGUUUUGCCAUUUUUUAACUCAAAUUUCAGUGAAAAAAUCCCCAUAAAUUCGUCUUUGCUUUCAAACAUCCGUAAGCACAGCACUCAAUAAUGCCCAAGACUCUCCUAAUAUGGUAAUAAAUCAAGUGACAUUUUCAACAGGCCCUUGUAGAGAAAAUGCAUUUUUAGGUAGAUUUGACAGGUUCAGGAAGAGAUGCCACUAAUUCUCAUCUAUAGAAAAACUAAAUGCGAAGCAUAGCUCGGCACCAAAUGCAUGCAAGACACCUGACAACCAAGAGCAAAGUUUUGAUCGUCACCAAAGAUCUCGCUUGAUUUUGGUCAUCUCCAUAGUAAUUUUUUGGAUAUUUUCUUAUCAGAAGUAAUAACGAUAUAUUUGCAGGGCCACAGUGUCCAACUUAGUUACGGGACAAGUAUACAUAUUUUAAAAAGCAAACAGCUUUCUAUCAAAGUGUGUGACAUUUAAAAAUGAUAAAAAGUUUGACACCUUUAGCUAAAAAGUGGAGCACUAACAUCGGCCACAGAUUCCUCUCCCUCAUAGACAAGCACUUCCCGAAAGACAAAAAACUCAAAAAAAAUAUCCAAAAAACACCAUCAAGAUCAGUUACAGCUGCAUGAGCAACACCAAACAGAUAAUCGAGAACCACAACAAGCGCAUUAUAACUCAUCAUUGACAACCGAAGACACCCCCACAUGCAAGACAUGCAACUGCAGACAAAAGAACACUUGCCCUCUCGACGGAAACUGCCUCCAAUCAUCAUAAAUUUACCAAGCCACCGUAACAAGAAAAGAAACAGAAACCUACGUAGGACUCAACGAAAACGAAUACAAAAAAUCACACAGCCUCAUUCCGCCACGCUAAACACAGAAACGCGACUGAACUCAGCAAACACAUAUGGGAACCUCAAGGACAACAACAUCGAACACUAUUUCAUGACGCAUCCUAUCAUCUCACUCCAGGCCCGUAGCCAGGGUUUUGAGCGGGGUGGUUCGUUUUUCUAUUUCAGCGGACCAAAUUUCUGGUAUACCCCUCUCCUCGCCUUAUUACAUUAGGUUAUCAAUCUUGUUUUUAAAAUGUUAUUAAUAGGGUGCAUUUUAACAUAUAGCGGUAAUAAUAAAGCUCCAAUAAAACGAUGCAAUCUUUGUCUAAAA